GCUUUGCUCGUCGCUCUCCUCUCAGGCUGCGUGGCUUCCCGACAGCAAAUCCUCAACAACUAACUCACUUCUUUUUUCCUUUCUUUUUAAAUUUUUUGAAAAAACAUUGUUUAUUUGCGUGUUUACACUCGAGGCUUCACGACGCAGUCAAAUGGCUCAAUCGUUCCCCAACCCUUUCGGAUAUGACACGGGGUUGAAGUCGGAUUGCGGAUUUGUCUAAAUUGUGCCACAACUUCAAACAAAUCCACGACAGAACAAGUUCGAAGCGACAUAAAAAUUAAAAAAAGGAGCCCGGACCAGCGUUGCGCCUUUUCAAGAUCCAAGUCAAGAUGUCUGUCAGUAACCACGAAAACCGAAAGUCUCGCUCUAGUGUCGGCUCUAUGAAUAUCCAUCUCUUCCACAAGACGACCCACGCCGACAGCCUGUUGACUCAGCUCAACCUGUUACGCAAACGGAAAGUCUUCACAGAUGUCGUCCUGAAGGCCGGAAACCGAUCCUUCCCUUGCCAUCGGGCCGUCCUGGCCUCCUGUAGCCGAUACUUUGAGGCCAUGUUCAGCGGAGGGCUCAGGGAGAGUCGUGACGCCGAGGUCAACUUCCACGACUCUCUCCAUCCAGAGGUGCUGGAGCUCUUGCUCGACUACGCAUACUCGGCCCGAAUCCUCAUCAACGAGGAAAACGCGGAGUCGCUCCUGGAGGCCGGCGACAUGCUUCAGUUUCACGACAUCAGGGACGCUGCGGCCGAGUUUCUAGAAAAGAACCUCGACCAGUCAAACUGUCUGGGGAUGAUGCUGCUGUCAGAUGCUCAUCAGUGCCAGAGACUGUACGAGCUGUCGUGGAGGAUGUGCCUGGCAGACUUUGCGACUCUCUUCAGGACUGAGGACUUCCUCAGCCUGCCCAGAGACAAAGUCCAGGAGCUGAUCCUCAGCGAGGAACUGGAGGUGGAGGACGAGAGCCUGGUGUAUGAGGCUGUUAUCGACUGGGUCAAGGCCGACAUGGAGCACAGGCACAGCGAGCUGCCCGAGCUGCUGCGCUGCGUUCGCCUGGCGCUGCUCCCUGAAACCUACCUGCUGAAGAACGUUGCUUCAGAGGAGCUGGUGAUGUGCCACAAGGUGGGACGGGAGAUUGUCGAAGACGCGGUACGGUGCAAAAUGAGGAUCCUCCAGAAUGACGGUAUUGUAACGGGUUUCUGUGCCCGGCCGAGGAAAGUAAGCCAGGCACUGCUGCUGCUGGGCGGACAGACCUUCAUGUGUGAUAAAGUCUACAUGAUUGACAACAAGACUAAGGAGAUCACCCCCAAGACAGACAUCCCCAGCCCCAGGAAAGAGUGCAGCGCAUGUGCUAUUGGUUGCAAGGUUUAUGUUACCGGUGGACGUGGCUCUGAAAACGGGGCCUCCAAAGACGUCUGGGUCUACGACACAUUACACGACGAGUGGUCCAAAGCGUCACCGAUGCUGGUCGCCAGAUUUGGACACGGGUCUGCGGAGCUGGACCACAUACUGUAUGUUGUGGGAGGACACACUUCUCUUGCGGGAUCGUUCCCCGCAUCUCCAUCUGUGUCUCUCAAACAGGUAGAACAGUACGAUCCUCAGACCAAUAAAUGGACGCUGGUGGCGCCGCUCAGAGAGGGCGUGAGCAAUGCUGCAGUCGUCGGUGCUAAAAACAAACUCUUUGCCUUCGGGGGCACCAGUGUGAACAGAGACAAAUACCCCAAGGUGCAGUGCUUCGACCCUUGCGAGAACCGGUGGUCUGUGCCGGCCGCCUGUCCGCAGCUUUGGCGCUACACAGCAGCGGCCGUGGUCGGCAACCAUGUCGUGGUGAUCGGAGGCGACACUGAAUUCUCAGCCAGCUCCGCUUACCGGUUCAACAGCGAGACGUACCAGUGGUCGAAGUUUGGCGACGUGACGGCCAAAAGGAUCAGCUGUCAUGCAGUGGCGUCAGGAAACAGACUCUACGUGGUUGGGGGUUACUUUGGGGCUCAGAGGUGUAAAACGCUAGACUGCUACGAUCCCUCGUCGGACUCCUGGGACAGUGUGACCAGCGUGCCCUACUCGCUCAUUCCCACUGCCUUUGUCAGCACAUGGAAGUACCUCUCGGCGUAGAGAGAAGCACACUCAUUGAGAUAAGCAGUGGUGUCUGGUAUGCAGACGUGUUUCUCCCCUCACCGGCUGCACGGAGGAAGAGGAAGAGUUUGUGUAGUCCUGCUGUGGCUCCAUCCAGCCGGAUUCACAUGAUCGUCAGCUGCAGAGAAGCGAAGGCCUGAGUCCCAGAGACAGCCCAGAGACUGGAAGUCUGCGGCCUCUUUCCACCUGAUCUGUUUACUCGUUCUCCUUGUGUGACUUUCCCAUGUAGCCACGGGCCGGAGCUGGACUCGUUGCCAUGUUUACGGCAGGGAGCUCACAAUCCCUAUUGGACAUGCGGAGCACGGCCAAGAAGCAGGCCGACGGGCGGUGUGUGUGUGUGUGUGUGUCUGUGUGUGUGCUGGGAUUUCCAAACGUUUCUGUACGCACCUCCUGGGGCAGUGACUGUAUCGGCCCCGUACUUUACAACUGACUCAUCCAUCAUUUACCUUGUGUUUCAUCUCACCAGUUUAACAGACCUAUUAGUGACAUGUUGUUUUACAGUGAACUAAAAAGGCAAGUCGGAGUGGUUUCUCUCCCCUCCAGUCACCAGGUGAUGACUCAGGUGUCAUUUAUUUGGACCGCUGAUAGACUGAAUUAGACCUUUGUUGUGCCGGGUGUAUGGAGAAGGAGAGAAGACAUUUGGGGGAAGUGUAUGAUUUUGUGCACAGAAACAAUCUUCCUGUCUUUUUAUUUUUAGCCUUUGGACUCGGGCUUCCCUCAAUUUUGGUGAGCUAAAUUUGUAUCAUCUUUCUCGAUUUAAAAUACAUGCUGGCCAGAGAGAAUGUGACCCAUUACGGCCGAAGACGAUACGGUUCUGUUUCAAGAUGUUAUUUCAAUGUUAUUGUCCUUUUUUUUGUGUAUAUUGUGUCUCAGGGUUUUGUUUAGUUUUGCCUAUAUUUGUUCAAGGUAGGGUAACUUCUAACACGUCUGCUAACCUCUUCUUUUUUUGUGAAUGUACCAUUUUCUGAUUAACAGUUCUACAGAACUCUCUUAUUUUAGAAUACAUUCUUGCAUUGUUUUGUCAAGCGUAAAUUUAUGAUUACAUUGAAUAGCGGCGGUCGUAUUUAUACAUAUGUAUUGCCAAAACCUGAAUGGCUACUCUUUGUGCCAUUCUGGAUUUAAAUAACAAAAGCCAAGUGUGUCCAAAGUAGUUAAGAAAUACUUUCGAGCUAUGAUGUAAUGUUUUUAUUUUAUAUUUCAGGAUCUUUAAUGGAAGUCUUUUGUGUUUUACAGUUUGUAUUUUUGCUUUGUAAUGAAUUUGUAGAAGCCUUUUGAUUUGCACAUUUUGUACAACAAAAACUCUUAAUGGUCUUAAUUUUGUAUCUUUGUCUUAACCCAGCUUGGGUAGUGUGAAUAAUCUGUGUUUUUGUAGCAAAUUAUCAAGUUGUUUCUCUUUAAACAAUCUUCAUUUGCUCUGUGUGCAAGUCUGCAGUUUUCCAAUAUAUCAACCACUGAUAUAUUAAGCUAUUACUGAUGAACCAUCUGUUAACGCCAAGUUCCACAGUUCAACCCGCAUCAAUAAAUAUCUUGUUAAAACAUA